AUGCCAUAUCACCCUCCCGAAUUCCCAAACCAGCCAAAACUGAGUCGACCACCACCAGAACUUAUAGACGAUGAGGAGGAAUACGAAAUCGAAGAAAUUGUAGGAGAAAGAGACCGAGCAUGGAAAGGAUAUCCUGCUGAGGAAAACUCAUGGGUCACCUGUGCCCACCUUGCUAAUGCUGAGAAGUUGGUCAAAGAGUACAAAGCAUGCAUUCAAAAAAUAGAGUGGACCAAACAAAAGGAUGGAGUGAUGGUAGGGAAGGAUGAUAAAAUCCUGAAUCUGUACGACAUUCCCGACAGCUCCCAAGAGUGGCUGGAGGACAUCAAGACCCCAUAUGAUUCGGAACAGGAAACCUUAAAUCCACCACCCUAUGUUAUCCAUUUGGUAUAUUCAGAACAUCUGGCACCGGUUGCAAAUGCAUGUGCCUCCGAUGCCAACAGCAAUUUUGGGCACCAAUCCAUCACAUCCUCCUUGCUUAAAAGGGUACAAGAUACAGCUGCCCAAAUGGAUUGCGAGACCAAAGAAGGCAAUGCUCGAUACUUAUGGGAAAACAACCUGAAGGAGGAUAAAAUGUGGAAGCAUAUGCCAUACAAACCAGACCCAAAAUUUGAUAAUGACAAAGUCUGCCAGUAA